AUGCAUUCCCAUCUUCACACACCCGAGAAUAUAAACUGCGAGGACAUCAUGUUUGCCUUGGACGAAUGCCACGCGCGCGGUUUCUUAUGGAAAGCCCUUGGACAAUGCAAUGAUAUCAAACGCGAAGUCAACCGCUGCCUCGGUGCCGAACGAGCGAAACGCGCCAAACUAAACCGUGACCAGGCUCGAGAGAAGAGGGCACGCAUUGAGAAGAUCUGGGCCGAAGAAAGGUCCCGGGAGCAAGGCGAAUUGCCGCAGAAGCAAUGA